UUUUCCAUGUCUGAUAAGAAAAUCUUGGACCAAAUUUAUGCAACUCAUCAUGUCAAUGUUGAUACUUCCUUUGAUGAGGAUUCUCUUUUCGAAAUUGUUGAAAACAUCCUCAAGCAUGCAAUCCGAACUGUCGACAAAAUUAUGCAGGGUAUCCAAGUGCAUGAGGAAAACAUAGAGGAGAAUCCCCUCAAAGCCAACUACAGUACACCAUUGUGCACACUUAAGUCCAUAGCCAGCGAGAUGCAAUGCAAACCUCCUGGUGAGAAAGUUGCCCAUGAAACUGCCCUUGCAAUACUGAACAAGCUGUCAAACUAUUCAUGGGAAGCAAAGGCAGUGCUGACUCUGGCAGCUUUUGCUAUGGAAUAUGGGGAGUUCUGGCUCCUUGCCCAGGCUCAGGAAUCGGACCGACUUGCCAAAUCAAUUUCAAUCCUGAAGAGAGUCCCUUUCCUCCUCAAGCCCUCAAACCUGCAAGAAAGAAGGCAAGCAGUGCUUGAGCUUAACAACUUGAUCAAGGUUACAAUGCAAGUUAUCGGGAUCUUCGAUCAGUUCGAAAAGCUUUCCAGUUACGAUCCAAAGGAUGUGCCGGAGUUGGCAUUAGCAAUGGAACAUAUUCCAGUGGAUGCGUUUUGGGCUAUUGUGACUCUUGUUGCUUGCGCAACUAAGGUCACUAUUCUCACCAGUGAUGAGUACCAUGAGCAUGACCUAGUCCCGUACGCUCAAAAAAUCCAUUUCAUCCUGAACAAGCUUAACAUACAUCUGAGAAUUUGUAGAAAACAAGUUGAGGACGCAGAAGCUUACCGGAGGAUAAGGAAAAUCUUUCGAACUCCUACUGAAAUCAAGGAGGUUUUCAAGGCCCUGAUCUUUAGCAAAGACAAUGUUCAGCCACUGAUUGAUGGUUCUACUAAACAAACGGUUGAUAUCGACAUCCUGAGGAAGAAAAACAUACUACUAUUCCUUUCGAGCCUAGAAAUCACUGACGAUGACAUUUCCAUCCUCAAACCGAUUUAUGAGUUCAUUAAGAGAGAGGACCAGCAUAAGAUUGUGUGGAUUCCAAUCGUCGAGCAGUGGACCGACGAGCUGCGAAAGAAGUUCGACACCCUCAGGAUCAAGAUGCCGUGGUACACAGUGCAGAUUUCUGCACCCAUAGCUGGUAUCAGGUUCAUCAAGGAGGAGUGGAACUUCAAGGGUAAGCCUACAUUGGUGGUGAUGAGCCCACAAGGAAAGGUUGAACAUUACAACGCAUUCCACAUGAUUCGGGUAUGGGGACCCAAGGCUUUCCCUUUCACAGAAGCAACAGAAAAAGAAAUCUCAAAGUCUCGCGAAUGGUUUGGCAAUUUAAUCAGAGAGAUUUAUCCGACUCCACCCGACGCUAAAGAGGAUGACUACAUUUUCUUCUAUGGAGGCAAAGACAAAGACUGGAUGAAACAAUUCAAAGAGAAAGCAACUGCUCUUGCAAAUGAUCUCGUCUUGAAAGAAGCAAAGAUUAACAUAAAGUUGUUUUGUGUGGGUAAAGACAGCAAGGGAGAAGAUGACUUUGGCAUUCUAUGGCGCUUCUGGACCGGAGUAGAAAGCCUGUUCCACACCAAGAUACACAAGCAGGCCGACUCAGCCACACUAGAAAUCCAAAAGCUACUUUCUUACAAAAAUGAAAGUGGAUGGGCUGUGCUCAGCAAGGGGUCUUCUUUGGUUGUCGCUGGUCAUGGUAUCUCAAUUUUGAAGGUGAUAGAGGACUUUGACAAAUGGAAGGGACAAGUGAGAGAGAAAGGCUUUGAGUUUUGUUUCACAACAUACCAUGGGAAGAUUCGCCUUACACCUUGCUGCCGCCUUGAUAUUCCAGGCUCUACCGGGAAGGUCCCGGACACAAUGAAAUGUCCCGAUUGCAACCGUAGCAUGGAGACUUUUAUCAGUUACAAGUGCUGCCACAUUGAUGCUCCUAAUGUGCAUCAUUAA